AUGCCGUACCCAUACCAAACAGAUCCUUUCAGCAGGCUGCCUUUGUCGGCUCGUAUCGCCAUUGCAAAGGGCAUGCCCGAUCUGGCAUCUCUGCAUAGCUUUCGCCUCAUUUCAUCCGCGUGUGCCGCUGUGUUUAUGGAACCAAAGAUGGGAGCCAAAAUCGUCGAAUUGGUAGCCAGAAAAAACUUGGACUAUAUGAACCAAAAGGUAUUUGGCUACAUCUGGGCACUGCUGCAAUACCCCGAAUCAAAUUGGCCGAUACCCCUCGGACGGCCUUUUAAAAUCUCACCAAUGUAUGUUACUAGAAGCUGGCUCGGUUCUUCGACGCCGACAACCGAAUCUACGCUUCGCAUCUUGGUAUUAGGCAAGACGGUCCACGAGGCUGCUCAUCGGUGCCUCCAUACUCUUUUGCAACGCUUCAUCGCGCUGCGACCAUGGCGUCCAGAAAACGCCAAAUGCAAUCUCAAAAACAUGGGGUUCUGGAGAUAUUCUCCAAACACCCCCUUCCGGCUCCCUCCAGAGCGGGAAGGCCAACUGGUUGGGAUCAAUCUCAAAGCGGCAGCAGGUCCGUUGGAAUGGUUCGAGGAGCAGAACGUCGUCUACGGUGCCUGGCUGCUUGCUCUCUACGCUGUUGUGCGUGACACGCCUGAGCCAUACAUCUGGCCUCCACCUGGAUCGACAGCCGGGCAUAUAAAAGCGUUGCAAUUAGAGAAAAGCGUGAGAGCAAUAGAGAUGCCACAAGUGCUCUUGGGCAGGUCGGCAACGCCAACUGCGCCCAUACUACAUCGACCAUUAUCGACUUUUUUCCCAUGGGCACCUUCAUGUAGCGAGAGUGGCUGUUCGAUAGCACGAAAGUGGUUUCCAGGUCCUGAACAUCUCCAGAUCACAUCCAGGGGCAAGCAGUUUCUGGGCGACGCGCGUGAAACGCCUUGGUCGGCGAUCAGAGCCGCCCCAAUCGGGGCCUUCCGGGCUCUUGGCUUCUCAAUAUGGGGAGAGUACAGGUUCAUAAACAUGGGCCUGCUCACUGGUAGUCGUGAUCUAGCAACGCAUUUUGCCAACGCCACCGAUGUGGCAGAGUGCAGUGAUGGGUACGCAUGGAAGAGCGUGCUGACUCUGCCACAGCUUGAAGCGUUGAAAGAUGCACAGUAUGAUGCAUGGGUACAGUGGCAGCAAGAGGCAGCAAAUAGGAGAGACUACAUGUAAUUUGAUGAAUGCUAGGGGAAGUUUAUGAGAUUAAAGAAUUGUAUGAAGAAGUGAUUUUGUGGCUAGAAUACAUUAUUAAACCAAA